AUGGACAAAUAUGAGGUCGCACUUGAAGCUUUACGUUCCUUAGAUCCAGGAGGAAAGCCCAAUAUUUCUUUAUUUGCGAGAACCUACAGUGUUGAUGCCUCAAAUCUCAGAAGACGUUUUCUUAGACUUACGGGCCCAAAACAAGUACAAUAUGACAAUCAACGCGUAUUGAACCAUGGGCAAUCUCAAGCAUUUAUAAAAUACAUAAAUCAGCUUACCGAAAAAGGCCUUCCACCUACGAAUCGAAUGCUAGCCAAUUUUGCAGAGGAUAUAUGUGGUAAAAAGCCUGGGAAAAACUGGGCUACCCGCUGCUUAAAGUCUCAUUCUGAUCAGCUUAUUUCUCGCUAUUCAACUGGCCUUGAUAUGGAUAGGAAAAAUGCAGAUAAAGCAUGGAAAUAUGUGUUAUAUUUUGAGCUUCUUGGUCGGAAAAUUAUGCAAUAUAACCUUGCUUCGGAGCAAAUCUAUAACAUGGAUGAAAAAGGCUUCAUGCUUGGGAUGAUGAUAAAAGAGAAACGAAUCUUUUCUCGCUAUAAAUACGAGCUUGGAGGCUUCAAGCAGUUUCUCCAGGAUGGGAAUCGAGAAUGGAUAACAACAAUUGCUUGUAUUUGUGCUGAUGGAAAAGCUAUCUCGCCUAGCUUAAUCUAUUCAGCAAAAUCAGGUAAUAUCCAAGAUUCAUGGCUUCAAGAUUUCGAUCCUAAGGCUCAAAGAUGUUUUUUUGCAGCUUCAGAGUCAGGAUGGACCAAUAAUGACAUUGGUUAUCAUUGGCUUGUCGAUGUUUUUGAUAAAGAGACAAAAUCUCAAGCAAGCAGGGGAUGGCGCCUUCUAAUUCUUGACGCUCAUGCAACUCAUACUUUACAGCCUCUUGACGUUGCUUCAUUUUCGCCUCUUUCUCAGGCCUAUUCAAACGAAUUAAACAGCUUUUUAGCUGAAUGUCAAGGAUCACGGCUUACCAAACGUGACGUUUUUCGACUUUUUUUGGGCAGCUUGGGAAGCCAUCUUUUACAAUCGGAAAUAUCAGAUCUACCUUCGAAAAUACUGGUGUAUAUCCUUUCAAUCCAACAUACAGGCGAUGCUACAACUCCUUCGAAUGGUGCUUUUAUCUGGAGAAAAAGUUGGGGUGGAACGGAAAUGCGAUGUUGCGGGAGAACUACUCAGCGUGUUCUCAAGUGUGCCCGUCGAGCAUUUGAAAGCAAUCAGCUCCCCUUUGAUAUGUGCCGUGCCCGUGCCUCUCUAGCACAAACACUGAUCAAUCCUAGCUCCAUCACCUUGAUGGAAUUGACUACAUUCUCUAAUCUGUCUCAUAAAUGGCAUAUCUCUUACAACGUCUUGAAACUAGUCUACACCGGGCCUCUGGUGCCGGAGAACGACUACGGGGCCAACAACGCCAUGCUAGUAGUCAACCGAAAACACGAAGCGUCUGGCCCAUCAUCCUAUACGCAGAGCCCUCCUGGUGUCGGAAGCACACCUGGUGCUGGUAUCGAUCAGAUGCCACAUUUUCAGCUGCCACCAGAACUACUUAUAGAUUGGCCAUGGCCCUUGCUCUUGUAA